AUUUUAACCUCCACAUUAUCACGAGGGUUUCGUCGUUUUCAUAAUAAAAUAAAAUUUUUAAAAUGCAAGUGGUUCGUUUUAAACUACCAUCUUUAACAGGUAUAAGGUGUUUAUACAGUGCUGCUUCUUUGGGUUUGGAGGGAUAUGUCAAGACCAGAGACAGAAUUAAGGAACAGUUUGUUGAUGUUGAAGCAAAGUUUAGGGAAAAAAUGGUAGAUUUUGCUAGUCCAGAUUCUUCUAAUUUGAUAUUUACAGAAGAUUUAAAACACAUGGUUCAUUUGGUUGAAAACAAUGAGGAAGACUUGACUUUAGUGUACAAAAUGAUGUCAAAAUUUUCCAAACAAAAUAAGGAUACAAGAUUUGGUACAUUUAUCUUUGGUCCUGUUGUGAUGAGGAUGUAUUAUCAUUUGGACAAACCUGUUGAAGCUUUAGAGUGUUUUACUGAGCUUAAUAAGGAUGGAUUUUUCGACCAGCUUAUUUCCUUUCAAAUUCUUAUGGACUUAUUAUUGAAGCAUGGUAUGUAUCAGGAGACCUUAAAUGUUUUUGAAGUUGUGAAAGACAAACAGCUCCAUGGAUCGAAAUAUCCAAAGAAUGCUGUUGUUCUGGCAUUUGGUGCUUGUUAUAAGAUGAACACUCCAGAUUCUUUUAACUAUGCUAAGAAAUUAUGGUCAGAACUUAAUCAAGCAGGUAAUUUUCCAAUGAGAAGAGCAGGUACUUUUGCAGCUGCUCUGGCUAUCCAGCAAGGUGCACCAGAUAUAGCAUUAGAAAUUAUUACCUCAUUGAGACAACAAGGUUAUGUUACAACAAAAAAUUUAAAGAUAUCUGCCCUUGCUGAUCUUGGAAGGCCUGAUGAUGCUAUUCCUCUUUUACGAACUGUAUUAGAAACUGAUAGAGCUGCAGACAAGAGUACAAUUUGUGAAGAAGUUUUGGAUAAGCUAAGUGCUGCCAUAGAGAAAUUUAACAGGAAAGAGGUAUCACAGGAGUUUGAAAAAAUCAGUUCACAAAUCAAAUCAUUGGGUCACAUAUCUCCUGUGCCUCUCUCAGAACUUCUUUGCUCAGAAAUUAGUUUAAUUCCUCUUACUGAUGUCAGUCGACCUCAAACAAAAAAGUUUAAUCGACGACCAACGAACUAUCAACUUCGCCCUGGUUUGCAAGACAUGAACUGAUACAACCUAAAAUAACCUAGUUUUUUUAAUUAAUUACCCAAAGAAAUAGGUACUUUAGAUAUUUAGGUUAUUAGUUUCAUUUAAAAUGUAUCUCAUGUGUACAAAUGUCUAUGUUUAUAAACAACAAACUAUAUUGAAUUUUGUUGUUAAAAUGUUUUUAAAAAUAUGUUACAUUUUGUAUGUAAAAUGAUUUAUAUUUUAUUGUACACAUUGUAAGUAAAUAGAUUUAUAAUUUAUUUAAUAAUCUGUAUUAUAAAAUACCACUGACAUUUAACUGAAUUAUUGCUGAUAGAUUUUUGUAUCAAUAAUUAAAAAAUUAUAAAAAGAGUUUGUAAUAACAAUUAAUUUAAAUCCCUUUGUAAUGUCAUACAUCUUUUAAUCUUUUUUUUUUUUUUUUGUUUCAUAGUUCUAACAGUAAUUUUA